AGAGAGGGAAAAAAAAAAACGAUUCCCCCCAAUCCGUCUCAUCCCCUUCCUCUGUACUUCUGCAGAGCACUCGCCUCUCCCGCCGCCGGAUCGGAAUCCGGAACCACAAUGUAUUAGAACAGGAGCCGACAAGAAAUCGAGGAAGGGCCGUCUACUCCUCAUCGAUCUAGCUGCCCUAGUUGUCUCUCGAUCCGCUAGGCUUUCAAAUUUCCCCUGCAGGAAGCAGGAGCAGCCGAUCGAUCCAGCAAUGGAGCCAGCAAGGGGAGGAGACCACGACGGUCCCACCGUCGCCGUCGCGCGACGCGGCGACCGGGAUUCCCCUGGCGCCGAGCCGGUCCGCGGGUGGUGGCGCAAUAACCAAGAUUUCAUACUGAGGCACCAGGAGCGGACCAGGGGGCGAGCCGCCGCCAGGGCAGACCACAGCUAUCCCGCCGUCGCCGUCCCACGACGCGGCGACCGGGAUCCCCCCCGCGCCGAGCCGGUCGGCGGGUGGUGGCGCAAUAACCAGGACUUCAUUCGGAGGCACCGGGAGCGGAUCAGACUCGCCGCCGCCGCUGCCGCCGAGGCAGAGGAGCCGGCUUCCAAGAAGGCCAUGGUGGCGCUGCGCGUGCCGGCGGCGGGGGAGGUGCCGGAGCAGGACUGCGCGGUGUGCCUCGAGGACUUCGCGGCCGGCGGCCGGAAGCUCAGGACCAUGCCCUGCUCCCACUCCUUCCACCAGCGCUGCAUCUUUGUCUGGCUCCUCGUCAACCGCCGCUGCCCGAUGUGCCGCUUCGCGAUGCCGUCCCGCGCCGGCGACGAAGAGGACGGCGACGACGACGUGGAGCGGGAGCUCGUGGCAGAGUAAGCCGCUGCAACUAUGCAGCAAUUAUCUGUACUGAAGAAUGUUCGUCGUAUGAGUGAACCAAUGAUCCAUCAGGUUGCAGAUGAUUAUGAUAAUUAUUGUGAUCUGUUCGAAAUCCCUCUUCUCACCGUACAUGAAUAUUUCGUUUGUUGGGAUUCCUCUUUU